UUCGAUAGAUAAGCUACACAUACUGAGACAGAGGGACGCUGUUUCCUUCACUUGGAUGCUUUCUCUGGUGAGAUACAAUCAGUCUCUUGCAAAUUGAAGGAAAUGUAUGAAGCACUGCGAGAUUAAAGAUAAAUCAUUUUGUCUGUUUUUAUUACUUUGUUUGUCAAUUGUUGGGGGAAGCUUGGCAUUCCUUGGCAUUUUCCAAAUUCUUAACAUAUAAUACGAAUUGUAAUUUGUAACAUACCAUAAGAAUUUAAUGCUGGACAUCCACAAAUGAAUACAUACCACACAAAACGUAACAUAUACAAAAAUUAAGUGUCUCGGAUAAUACAGACGAAAUGUUCUGAGACCAGGUUGGAAUGAAGUUCGCAUUUGAUUGCAAGGCAAACUAUAAUUGGUUUUUAGUGUGCUUGAUGUGUGAAUGUUUUCAGAGAGUACAUAGCCUACCAUUGUGUUGCGUUUCAUAGGUUGAUGAGCAACACUGACAAUUGCGCGCACAUAGAUAUUGGAUACAUUUAACACAUUUUACUGCAGGGCAUUGAACGAAGUUAAACUCAUAUAAUUCGGUUUGUAGAAGAUGCAUUUCUUUGCUAUUGGGGACAGGCAGGGUCUGGGUUGACUAGUAUCUCUAUUUGGAGGCCGCUCCCCUUCAUGCAAACCAUGCAAAACAGGUGCUAUUAUAGGUCAUUGGAGUCCGGUUACAACUGUAGAUGAAAAACACUCCUUACAAACAGGUUCUGAGCUGCUGGGAACGCCCUUGGACACGAAACCACCUGCUUUAUAAAGAUCCGACCGAGGACCAGAGAGAGUCAAAACAAAAACGAAAAGGAACAGGCACAAGAACAAACAAGAUAACUGCCGAACUCUCCCACAGCUUGGAACACGGAAAGCAGCACUGACACGAAAAAACAUCAAUCAGUCUCUGCUGCAGCAUUAAAAAAGGAGGGGCCACUUUCCAAAGCGAUUAGAAAAUAAUUAGAGAAGGGUUGCACAAAUAGAUAAACAAACUAUCCAGCUCCGAUUGACAGUUACAACUGUUAUUUCUGAAAUAAGUUUGAGAAUCAACAACAGAGUCGAGAAAAUGAUGCAAAUCUCAGAAUCCCACCUGCAGAAGAACUCCUUGUUCAACUCCAUGAAUCGCUUCAUUGGAGCCGUCAAUAACAUGGACCAGACGGUGAUGGUGCCCAGCCUGCUGCGGGACGUCCCACUGGAAGAAGAGAGGGAGAUGGCCGCCCUCAAAAGCUCGGGAAACAGCGACAUCGAGGACGGCGACAUGUACAGCUACUACCAGCUCCUGAAGUCCAUCCGCUGCGACAUCGAGUGGGGAGUGAUGCGCGCCGAGAAGCUCAAGGAGAGCCGGGGUCCCAGCUCUCGGAAUGAUUCCAAGGAAGAAGAAUCGGAGGUGUCGUCCGAGGAAGACGAGGUUAACCUGCAAAAGCAGUUCCAGUUCCACAUGACAGGGCUUCACGGGGUGCUGUCCAAGCUGACGCAACAGGCCAACACUCUCACCAACCGCUACAAGCAGGAGAUCGGCAUUGGAUGCUACUAAAGUGUAGCGUAAUGACCCGAGCGAACCCGCAUUCCCUGAUGAUCGAUGUUGUAUUAUUUAGCGCAAAGGAGUUGAACUGAACUGAAUAGUCGAUUACUUAUGAAAUUCUUUUGAAUAGAUGGAGAGAGAAAGAAAAAAAGAGAUGUAAUAUUUAACCUUUGUUGAUCCAAAGAAAUGUUGUGGUUGAACUGCAAUGUGGUAUACCUGGGUUCCAUUACCCCCUGUAACCCCCUGCUGACCCAUGAGUUCAGCUCAAGUGGUACACAUAUAAUGCAUAUUUAUACUUUUAUUUAAUAUUGAUGUAUAACUUAUUACCUCAUACUGUAUGUUUGAGAGCUGUAUAUUUCCUGGUUGAAGAAGUGCAUGACGGCAGACAUUUGGCUACAUUUUAAACAUCCCAUUAAGGGAUAAAUGCGCAUAGGAUUUAGCAUGUCUAAUGAUGCCAAUGUGUCAAAUAGUCUGUACAGGUUUUGUACUUCUUCCUAUUGUGUCUUUAUUAUGUGCUUAGCUAAAUGGAGGAGGCUUGACAGAUUCUUGCCUAUGAUCCCAAUGCUACCCUAUAUGAUCAAUGAACUGGAAUCAACAGAUGGUUCUUCUGAAAUAAUGAAUGAUUCAAAGAGAUCAUGUUAUUAUGGUGUUAUUGCCAUGGUAAUUAUGGAGAGGUGAAACUCUAAGACCAGUUAUUUAAUGUACUAUAUUAUGCUUUGGAUUGAAUAUAUUUGUAUGGAGAAAUAAACUUGUUUUUAUAACUGAAA